AUGGCUGACCCACUAACAGGGGUUGGUUCUGUUGGUUCUGUUGGUUCUGCGGCCCGGCGUGGUGCCAGCAGUCGGUUCCGGUUCCUUCCACCUGAGCUCAGCUGUUCAGGAAUGUUGUCCCGGAUCCGGCCUCUUGUUGUUGUUUGUCUGGUUUCCUUCCACAGAAGAGGACAGACGCUGGCUCGGGUCCAAACCGCUUCCAGGGAACCGCAGGAGUUCUGCUGCUGGUUCACUUCAACGAGGGACGAGAGCAGCAGCUGGAGGACAGAGAGACGGAGACAGAGGGACAGAAGGACAGAGAUAGAGAAGAUGUUUGCAGAGGAAACCAGCGCGGUGGUGAGGAGCGUGGGGGCGGAUGAGGAGCUGAUCUCCAACUCCAACCUGAACCACAAGGUGGAGCUGCUGACUCUGGUCCGGGUCAGCCAGGGCCGGUUCUUCAGCUACCCCAAGUACACGCCGCUGGACUGCACCCUACCGGAGCUGCUGGAGGACGACGGCUUCUCUCCAGAGGUUGAAGAAGAGCUGCUGGUGAAGGACUUCAAGACGUCGGUGGAGAGCAGCGGCGGCGGAGAGCUGGGCGGAGGACACCCAACGGUUGGCGAGGCGGCGGUCGCUGCAAAGUCCGACUCCGUGGACGGCCUGGUGGAGCCGGUCAGCAUCAAGAAGAAGAAAGCCAACCUGAAAGGCGUGAGGAAGACCUUCAGCGGCAGGAAGCCAGAAAAGGGAAAGAUGAAGCUGCUGAUGCUGAAGGAAAAGGACAAGCUGGCCUUUGUUCACGAGACGCUUUACAACACCGGACCGGUGAGGAUGAUCCGGAAGUCGGCUCAGGACCGGUCCGUUUCAGGAAACUGCCAGAAGCUCCUGAAGCUGCUGGUCCAGGGCAGCAGGACGGAGGAGACGACCUUCACCGUCCUAGAGAAGUCCACCUUUGCGUUUGGACUUCAGGAGAUCCUGUGGGACGACGAGACGAUCGAAAUACCUUUUAAAUCGUGGGCUCACAGGAAGAACCUGGGCCUGUUCACACAUGACGGCGUUGAUCCAGAUCAGCUGCAGGAGGCCAGAGAAGGGAUCCAGAACAAGGCGUUCCUCCUCAAGCCGCUCACUCGUCUCCCUCAGGCGACCCGGCAGAACCUGCUGAAGACGCUGAGGGAGGUUCUGGAGGAGGACGGCGCUCUCAGCCAGCUGGAGGAAACGCUGGACCAGAGCAGCAGAGGACAACCAGAGCGUCCCCCGUCCAAGGUCGUUUCGUCCUUCAUGGACGUCUUGAAUGAGUCCAAAGUGUCCUCCAAGGUGAGGGACGCUGUCCAUCUUCUGGUCUGCGCCAUGGACGGUGACGAGACGCUGGUGGAGCUGAGCGCGGCGUGGGACCGGCGGCCCGAGGUUCUGCUGGAGGUUCUGGCUCUGGCCGUGUUGGGAGUCCACAGGCUGCAGGAGGGAAACGGUCCGGAUGAUUAA